AUGGACUUCCAGCAGUCAGCGGAGGAGUUGCUGACAAAGCUCGACACCUACCGUGAACAGUUGGCCCAAGCCCUGGAACAGCAGCCUGAUGAGCCGUCCCUGGUGAAGCUGAAGAACGACCUUACAGAGGUCAUCGUCUUGACGGAAGACUUGGUCAAGUACCAGGCCGCGGCGCCCACGGAAGCCGAGACGGGUGCCGAGACGGCUGGCAGGGCGAGCGCUCCUCCAGUGCCACUGCCCACUUCUCGUUCAGCCGGCAAGUCGGUGCACACCGCGCUCGUCGGCCGCACCUGCGAGGCCUUCUUCGAGCAGAAGUGGUACAACGGUGAGAUCAAGUCUGUCCGCCGCGACGAGCGCGGGCAGGAGCGAUGCAUGGUGGAGUUCAUCGGCUUCUCCAACAGCAGGGAGUUCAAGGUGACGGACGUCCGCCUUCUGCGACCACCACAUCCAGCCCAGUGUCAGCCAGGAACGAAGUGCCAGGCGAUCUUCCCAGAUGAUGGCCUCUGGUACGACUGUGUCAUUACGGAGCAGACAGAGAAGGGCUACAAGAUCACCUUCAUGGACUACGGCAGCCGGGCCGAGGUCAGGUUCGAUCAGAUCCGGCUGCAGACCUCGGGGAAAGUCGGGCAGCAGAAGCGCACCAUCAAGGAGGUCACCACGCCGGCCGGGUACAAGAUUCCAGAGAGUAUGCAGAUCCAGAAGACCGACACCGAAGACAUCAUCGAGGCUAAGCGGAGGAAGAUCACGGCUAUCAAGAAGCAGCAGCGUGCAGACAAGUUGGAGCACGAGCAUGUGAAGCAGCAGUCCAACUGGCAGAAGUUCUUCUACAAGAAGGCCAGCGCCCGAAGCAAGUGCGGCUUCAUGUCCGGAAAGCCCAAGGACAGCAUCUUCAAGGUACCCGAUGCAAUCGAGGGUCGCGUGGGCUUCAUGAACAGUGGCCAGGAGAUGACAAAGUUCCACGAAGCCCGCAAGUUUACCUACCAGUACGUCUGA